CCCAAAUCUGGUAAGGCGGCAAGGCAAAAACUCAUUCCCGCCAAAUUCAGAAGGCGUUAAAACCCAAUGUUGACUUCAGUUGUCUUCGAUGACCAGAGCUUUCGAUACAAUGGCCGGAGAGGAUGAAGAAGGAACCUCCACCGUCGCUGUUGCCGUCGCCGGAGAGACCCACCAACUUCAGAUUCCGAUAAGCCGAGUGAAGAAAAUCAUGAAACUGGACCAGGACAUCAACAAGAUAAACUCAGAAGCCCUACAUCUCAUCGCUAGUUCCACCGAGCUUUUCCUUGAAUUACUUGCAAAAAAAUCUGCACAAGUCGCUCUGGAGAAGAAGAGAAAAACCAUAAAGCUCGAGCAUUUAAGAGUUGCCGUAAAAAGGCAUCAACCUACUAGCGAUUUCCUUCUCGAUUCGCUUCCCAUGCCUUCACAGCCAUCGGAUCGGUCUCCGAAGGUUCAAAGUCGUCCUCGAUCAUCGACAGAUAAGCCACUUCCUUCCGGAACUCGAAGAAUUGAGGCAUUCUUUCAGAAGUGCACUUAAAACUCUGUGUUUACAUACUAUUUUGAAUGGUUGUGCGAAAUUAUUAUUCACAUUCAGAGUAGAGCUUAUGAUUAUAAUUUGAAAAGAAAUUGUUAUUUUCCCUAGACUUGUGAUUAUGCAUUGCCAGAGGCCAAUCUAUGAUAUUUGAGACAUUAGUUGCUGAUUUUCUCUUCAUACUUGGAUUGAGAGCUUUGUAUGAAUAUGAACUGCCCAUGUGAGCUCCUGGAUGUUUUUCUAGAUGGAAUUAAUACAAUGGCCAUUUUGAUUUGAU